CAUUUUGAAGUGCUGGUACCAAUAGUUGUAGAUUGAUAAGAAAGCCACAGGAAAAUGAGAAUGAUUUGCGAUCGGAUGCGGGUUGUGUUCUGUUGAGUUGGAUACUGACACUUGGCACUACGAUACUGUUUAUAGAGAUGAUGGAGUCGUGAGCCCGGUGGAAUGAUCACAUGAACACAGAUACCGUACGAUGGCGUCAAGCUGUGUUGCAGUCAGGAGCAAGAGUGUCAACAGUCAGCAGCAACCAACAAUGGGUGCCAUGCCAUGGUGCAUGGUGCCUGUGCCGACUGAGUCAGUCACCUCUUUGGUUGCUUUCUCCGUCUUGCUGACUUAUCAAAUAUUAUAUAAGGUUUUUUUAAAAUAAAGAUAACUGUUUGAAACCCAUCAAAGCGGAAAGGUCGAGACCCUCACAGGAUAUGACAUGUCACAUCUUCAUCCUUCAUUGUGAUACGAGGUACCUUCGACCAGUAUGCGAAACCCGUGACCACAACUGGGCUUUGAAGUCCACAAGAAAAUAGUUAGCUAGCUAGAAAGCUGUGAAGGUAGCAACGAGCAAAUCGAAUUGGCCGUUUUAGUAUCAUCAUGAAGAAAGUUGCAAUUCUUGUGGCCGACAAUCUGUUGGCAAAGCCAGACGAACCCCUCGCAGGGGACCCGGCCUGUGAUAUCGAAAAGCGAGAGUAUCGCGAAGAACUGGAUAAGUUGGUGUCAGCAUUUGCGCAAGUCGGUGUUCUGCUUGAGCCAGUCCCUUGGCGACAAGCUGCCUCCAAGGCGGCAGAGUAUGAGGCCAUGUUGCCACUCUUGUGCUGGGAUUAUUUCCAAGGAAAUCAUGCAGUGUUCAUGGAGGAAAUGGACAAGGUUUCAAAAGUUGGCAACAAUUGCAAGCUUUUCAAUCCAGUGGAACUGCUUCGAUGGAAUGGGAAAAAGGAUUACCUCGAGGAACUAGAACGUCUGGGCGCUCCAUCCAUCCGAACUGUCAGCCUCCCAAAGGUCACAGAGGAGAGCGUUGCAAAGGCAAUGGAAGAACUCAAAGCGGACAAGGUUGUCAUCAAGCCCAAAGUUGGCGGUUCAUCUUGGCGCCAGGUCUUAUAUUCAAAGGAUGAACCUUUUCCCUCCGAGGAUGAAUUGCCGCCCGAAGACGCACUGGUUCAGCCAUUUUUACCUAGCGUCGUCGUGGAAGGAGAGUAUUCCUUCCUGUACUUUGGUGGUGAGUUUUCUCAUGGCCUUGUGAAGCGCCCCAAGAAAGGUGAUUACCGGGUACAGGGCCUGUUUGGUGGAACCGAAGAAACCUAUGAUCCAACCGAUGCAGAGCUGCAGGAUGCUCAAGCGGUGCUAGACACCCUCACAAUCAAGCCAUUGUAUGCCAGGGUAGACCUAUUGCGUGGUACAGAUGGUGGCCUCAAGCUGAUUGAGUUGGAAAUGGUAGAACCGUAUCUUUACCUUCCCCUCGCUCCUGGCGAAGGGAAGGACAACAGAGGAGCACAGCUGCUCGCGAAAUCCGUUUGCAGGCUGCUCCAGAAUAACGAGCACGUCUCUGUGCAAUAAGUAUGCAAAUAGGGAGGGCAAACUUCCACAACAGCUCGGUAUCUUGUCUACCAGUGCGUACCAGGUCUACCGUGUGGCUAGCUAGAGCACUGGAUGAAGGCUUUGAACGACCUUUCUUCCAAUAGCUCCGAUUGGCGGCACCGGUACCAUACAACACCCAAUUAAUUAGCUGCAUUUACCUCUAACCCUAAACCAAAUUGGAUUCUGACAUUUUUAAGGCUAGAGCUAAAAAUCAGCA